AUGAUGUCUGCAUGUCAUGAUCGUGAUAACGAAGAUUACUACCGAUACACCAGUGGGCGCUGGCUAUGGAACGAGGAUGCUCAGCUUCGCGAGCGGUAUAAACGUUUUAAUGUGGCUGAGCUUAAGAAGAUCGCGGCUAAGACUAUUGGCGCGGAGACUUGCGUAUCUAUGAGCAAGCUUGCGGAAGGCGGGUUCAAUAAGAUCUUUCGACUUGUUAUGGAUGAUGGUACUAUCGUGAUUGCACGUAUACCGAACCCCAAUGCUGGACCUCCAUUCAAGACAACCGCGUCUGAAGUCGCUACUAUGGAUUUUGCUCGGACUGUCCUCGAAAUCCCCGUGCCGAAGGUCUUGUCUUGGAGUGGCGAGGCUGAAAACCCUGUAGAAUCAGAGUACAUUCUGAUGGAAGAGGCUACUGGUAACCAGCUCGGUGAGAUUUGGGAUGAGAUGGAGCUUCACGACAAGCUAAAGGUUGUGGACGAUAUUGUCGCUUUCGAGAGAAAAUUUUCAUCUAUAUCAUUUACUCGUUACGGAAAUCUUUACUUCGCGGAUGACGCUUUCCCAGGUUGCGAAAAAGCCGAAGUCGUUGGUAGCCUAUCACAACUACUAAAAGAUAUGGCGGAGACUCGAUUUGUGAUAGGUCCAGUCGUUGAUCGAGGUUUCUGGCACCGAGAACGAGCAGCUAUGGAUCUUGAUCGUGGCCCGUGGAAGCGGGGUCAAGAUUACCUAAAAGCAAUUGCCCAACGAGAAAUUGCCUGGAUAGGCAGCCACGCCGCUCCAAAGCCGUCGAAUUGUCUUAUGGCAACAUCUGAAGCGCAACGAACCCCAGAUACUCACAUAGCCCUUUACAGGAAGUUUAUGGACGUGAUUGAAUACCUUUUGCCUGAAGGAGAUCACAUCAGACCUACCCUAUGGCAUUGGGAUAUUCAUGCCCCUAACAUAUUCGUUCACAAAGAUCGUGUUACUAGUCUUAUUGACUGGCAGGAUACAUGGGUUGGGCCUUUGUUCCUCCAGGCACAACAUCCACGGCUUGUAGAUUACAACGGAGAGCUUAUGCUAAAGCUACCUGAAAGCUACAAUGCCCUGGAAGAAGAGGAGAAAAUGCGUGUUCGGACCCAGGAAUUCAGUCCUCUAUAACAUCUGGCAUAUAAGUCAAGCGCGUACAAGGCGCAAUACUGUAGACUUUUCUGCUAACACGUGGGAUAGUGACAUUAUUCCCUUCAGACAAUGUCUUAUUCGCAUAGCACGGUAUGUUUAGCCUAAUACCUACAACCUUAAGCCAAUGCCAGCCGCUAAUAAAUAAGAGUUACAGUCACUGGAACGAGAUUAACGCUGAGAUCCCUUGUCCAAUAGAAUUCACUGAUAAGGAGCUAAAAGCACAUCUCUUGGAUGGGGAAGGCUGGAAUGAGAAUGCAGAUUUCUGGGACUCGCUCCAAGGGUUUGUACAUCGCGAUGGAUGGACGUCAAACAAAAAUUAUGAGCAGGCACUUAAAAUGUUUGCGCAGCUUAGAGACGAGGGUUUACAGAGCUUGAGUGGCGAGGAGCGACUGUCAUUUGAGGAAAGCACACGCUGGGCUGUAAGAAAGCCUGCAUAG